GCAGCUUCCGAGAUCAACACGCGUCAACUCAUCUUCCUUUUCUUCCACUUAUGCUGCAAUGGUCAUAAAAGCAGUAGCGAAGGAUGGCACCCCCGAAAAUCCCACAGAAAAUAGAUUUGGUGUUGGAUUGGCUGAGAGCGCCUCCAAGGCUCCAGCUGCGUGGCGUGCAGAAGCUGAAGAUAUCUCUGGCAUACCGUAAUGACCACUUUGGCGCGAGGCAUUUCGUGAAGGAACAACUACCUCGUAUCCGUUUUGCCAAUCCAAAUCUCGAUAUCCAGUCGGAAGCAUGGAGGCCGGAGAUCGAGCUCGUAUUUGAGGAUGGCAAGCAGAAGACACUCGACCUGCACGAAAAAUGGUCCACUACAAUAGUGAAAGAACUCAUGGAUACAGCGGGCACUGAAGGUUGGACCAGAUGGAAAACGAACGCACUGGCCAGUGGGUUACCAAUUGUUCCUGGGGAGGAGAACGAGGCAAAGGCCAGAGUAUCAAUGGAUGUUACGCGGUUACCUUCUCUGAAGGAAUUCCGAGCGGCGAAACAGAGGGUAGAGGCAGCUAAUCCCAAAGCUAACCCUCCACGGACGACAACGAAGCCUUCAGCGGCGAUUGAGGCGUCACCGGACUCAUGAUAUCUUACAAUACUACAAUUAU